AAGUGAACGAGAGCCAUCUAUCGACGAGAGAACGACGCUCUUGUUCUCAGUUAAAAGCCGUCUCGAACAUGGCAGGUCGUUUUGAAGAUGAUUUCUCUGGAAGGUCUUCGGGUUUCCGUGAUCAAGGAAACCGAGGAAACAGAAGUGGAGGGCAGGGUUAUCGCAGUGGUAACUCAGGCAAGCCCCUCCCUGAGGAGCCCCCAUACACAGCUUACGUUGGAAAUUUACCUGAUGGAACAGUACAGGGAGAUUUAGAAAAUAUGUUUGAAAACCUCACGGUGAAGAAUGUGAGGAUGGUUCGUGACAGGGAGACUGAUCGUUUCAAAGGUUUCUGUUACGUUGAAUUUGAUUCCCAAAAGGACUUGAUUCAUGCAUUAGACUUGGAUGGUGUUCUUUGUGAGGGUAAAACACUUCGUGUCGACAUCGCCGAGGGUCGUAAGAAUGACAACAGAGGAGGAGGUGGUGAUCGAGGUGGAGGUGGAGGGGACUGGGGCCGAGGUGGAGGCCGAGGAGGUCCAAGAGGUGGCGGAGGACGUGGUGGUUUCGAUGAUGGAGGAGGUGGCGGUGGCAGCUUUGGGGAUGGAGGCCGAGGGCGAUCUGAUCGUGGUGGUGGUGGAUAUGGAGAUCGUGGAGGUGGAGGAGGAGGCUAUAACGAUCGAAGAGGAAACUCUUACGGAGGAGGUGAUCGUGGAGGUGAUCGAGGAGGUCGUUAUGGGGAUUCCGACAGAGGAAGUGAUCGAGGAUCCUAUGGUGGCGGAGGCGGAGGAGGCUACAAUGAUCGCAGAAGCGAUGCUGGAGGAUAUGGAGAUCGCCGUGGUGGAGGAGGAGGAGGAAGCCGAGGUGAUGGAGAUAGCUAUGGCGAUCGCCGUGGUGGCGGCGAUCGUGGCGGUGAUCGUGGUGGUGGCGAUCGUGGUUACUCCAAUUUUGGUAGCCGACCCAGAAGAGACUCGGAUCGUAAGCCUCCGGCAGAAGAAUUCCGUGAGCCCAACGCUGAGGAAGCUGCCGCUCGCCCAAGGUUGAAUCUGCUUCCGCGCUCAGUCGGGGCACCUCCGGCCGCACUUGCACCAACAAGCCAGACUGCAAGCAUCUUUGGUGGAGCACGCCCGAGAGAAGAAGUUUUGAAGUCUCGACCCGAUGAUCAGAACUCUUCAUAAAAAGGAAAGCAAGAAAAAAAGGACGUCAAAAGGAGGAAACAGAACGGAAGAUGAUUCGCACCUACCUAUAAAGACAAGACAACAAAAAAUAAAAGUCCAACA